CCGGGUUCGGGGGACGCAAUGCACAACUAACCCAACUAACCCGCGAUGAUUUGCUCAUCGUUGUUCAACUGAAGACUCACCGCGACCAUUGAACAGGCUGGAAAGGAGACUAUUCCAGACAAUUGCCUGCUCUGGACGGUUGCCUCGUGCUUCGCUCUCUCAAUGCCCAUCACGACCUACCUACAAACAAAUCAAAUACCGGGUACCUUCCUCUGCAGUAUGGCAGUAUUGGAGCGUUCUGCUACCUUCCUAACAUGCACACGCAGGAGAAGGAAUACCCAGCACGCAAUUGCUACCGGGCCCUGCUCCGCGGUAGGUUGUCGCAACCCCACCAAGGGCGGGGCAACCGGAGCUGCCGGCCCCCCGAGAGCUUGCCCUCCUUGCUUGCUCUUGGCCCGUUUUCAUGGCAACGCCUGGUAGAGAUCAGCGGGCGCAGUGGACGCCAGAAGCUUGACCGUCCCUUGCCGUCGCCAUGUCGGACACCCAUCCAGCCGACCCGGCCGAUCGCGCGCGCGCGGCGCGCCCCCCGCUGCACGCCGUCCUCCCGCCCCUGAUCCUCGGCACGGCGACCUUCAACACCCAAUACGUGCACGACCCGCACUCGAUGCCCUACCGCGACAUCGUCGCCCGCGCGCUCUCCCUCGGCGUCAACGCCUUCGACACCAGCCCCUACUAUGGCCCCUCCGAAACGCUGCUGGGCACCGCCCUCGCCGCGCUCAUGGACCCCCCCGCGCGCUCCGAGACCGCCUCAGGCCUGGAGCCGGAGUCAGUGCCGAAGCCGGUUUCCCGCUCGAGCUUCUUCCUCAUCACCAAGGCCGGCCGCAUCGGGUCGGACGAGUUCGACUACUCGCCCGCCUGGGUGCGCUACUCGGUCCUGCGCAGCCUGCGGCGCCUGCACACGCCGCACCUCGACCUGGUCUACAUGCACGACGUCGAGUUCGUCUCGCCCGCCGAGGUGCUCGCCGCCGUGCGGGAGCUGCGCCGGCUGCGCGACGAGGACGGCGUCGUGCGCUACGUCGGCAUCAGCGGCUUCCCCGUCGACGUGCUGUGCGAGCGCGCCGAGAUGAUCUACCGCGAGACGGGCGAGCCGCUGGACGCCGUGCUGAGCUACGGCCACCUUACCGUGCAGAACCGGACGCUGGGGCUGCCGUGGGUGGCGGGAAAAGGCGAGGAGGGGGUUCAGGGCGGCAGCGAAGGGGCGCCGCUGGCCAGGCUCAAAAGGGCCGGCGUGGACGUUGUGCUGAACGCCAGCAUUCUCGGCAUGGGCCUGCUCACGAGCAGAGGUAUCCCCGUUGAGGCCGCCGAGACAUCCUCGCCGCUAGCGGCAUGGCAUCCCUCGCCGCCCGAACUGCGCCUGGCCUGCAAGAAGCUCGCCGAGCUCGCCGCCGCCGCCGGUGAGCGUCUGGAGUCGGUCGCCAUACGCUGGUCGCUGGCCGAGUGGGCCCGCCUCGGAGCGCUGGCGGGGGUCGGCGUGGACCUUCCCGACACCGGUGCCGGCCCGCGCAAGGUUGGCGCCACCGUCUGCGGCGUCUCGUCCACGGCCGAACUCGAAGAGACGGUGGCCGAGUGGCGCGAGGUCCUUGCAGGCCUCGGGCGAGCGGAAGAGAGCAAGGACGAGGUUUACAGGACGCCACGCCAAGAGAAAGUGUCCAGCCUGGUUCGGAACGACUUGUGGCCCGCACUGGGGCCGUGGUUGGAUUAUGCUUGGGAUAGCCCGCAUCCCGGAUGGGUGAACACCAGGCAGGAAGCCGACCGCGGGGUUGUCCCCGACGAUGGCAUAGUUGCUGAUUAUGACCAGGCAAGACAAACCAUAAACCCCGCACCGAACACCAGGUAACGUCAGUAGCUGGUCACGUUGGGAGAGAUGCUUCACGCUCCCACCGCCGUUCAAGUCCUACUACUAGUGAUAGUCAUAAUGCUACUCCAUUCUCAGGGGACUCCAAAGUGCAGCCAAACAGGAUCGUGCUCCGGACUC